AUGGGGAGGAAUGACGGAGAAGAAGUCGGAAUUAGAGGUGGCGAAGGCAUAACCGCAGCAAGCAGUCUCGCCGGCGACAGUGUUACCGGCGGUGGAGGAGAAGCGAGGAGGAGGAAGAGGAGAUCGGGUUUGGGGUUUUUCAGGAGGCUGAAGUUGGACAAGGAGUCGCUUCGGUGGAGGUGGAAGUUCUUGACCUCUGCUUUCAAGUGGAAGCGCGUCAAUUUGCAGAUAUCGCUCGUCGACGACGUCCUCUUCAAGAUCGCAUCUGUUCUCGAGGCGAUUGUGUUGGUGGCCACCUUGUCUUUCUUCUACCUCUGUUGCGGCUGCCACUUUUGA